AUGGAUUCAUUCACCAUUAAGAAAGUAUUUUCCCAGCUUCUCAUCACGUUUGUCUUGUUCAUGUCCAAUUUGGUUUCAUUACCAGAUGCUGCAUUUUCUUCUAAUUCUUCCAAAGAAGCUACUGUUCUUCUUACAUGGAAAAAAAACCUUCAAAACGAAUCCCAAUCUCACUUAUCUUCAUGGACUACUUUAGUUUCUUCUUCCAAUCUAAACCAAAUUAAGAAUCCGUGCAAGAAUUGGCUUGGUAUUUCAUGCAACUUUGCUGAAAGUGUCAUCCGAAUAAACCUUACCAACUCUAGCUUACAAGGUACGCUUCAUGAAUUUUCAUUUUGGUCAUUUCCAAAUCUUGUCUAUGUUGAUCUUUCCAUGAACGCUCUUUUUGGGACCAUUCCACCUCAAAUUAGCUACCUGUCAGAACUCAGAUAUCUUGAAUUGUCGUUUAAUAAGUUUUCAGGUAAAAUCCCACCAGAGAUUGGCCUGCUAACUAAUCUUGAAGUCCUCCACCUUGCUCGUAAUAAAUUGAAUGGCUCAAUUCCUAAAGAAAUUGGGUGUCUAAGCUUUCUAACUGACCUUGCCCUUUUCAAAAACCAUUUAGACGGUUCCAUUCCUUCUUCUUUGAGCAAUUUGAGCAACUUAGUUAAUUUGUUUCUCUAUGAAAAUGAACUUUCUGGUUCCAUUCCUGCACAAAUGGGAAACCUCUCAAAUUUGGUCAAACUUUUCAUUAAUACCAACCACCUGACAGGUCCAAUCCCUCCAACCUUUCGGAACUUGAAAAAGCUAACCACCAUGUAUAUGUUUGGUAAUUUACUUUUUGGUCAUAUACCUACAAACAUUGGAAGUUUGAAGUCCCUUGAAAAAUUAAGCUUGUUUGGAAAUAAUCUUUCCGGUUUAAUCCCGACAUCAUUAGGAGACUUGGAAAAUCUUAAACUUCUUCAUCUCUCUGGUAAUAACCUUUUCGGACCCAUUCCUCCAGAAUUAGGAAAUUUGAGUUCCAUCAACGAUCUACAAUUGAGUGAAAACCAGUUGCAUGGACCUUUUCCAACUUCAUUUGCUAAUUUGAGCAACUUGAAAUCUUUAUUCCUUCGUGAUAAUGACCUUUCUGGUCCCAUUCCCCAAGGAAUAGGAGAUCUCAUUAACUUGGUUACUCUACAAUUGGACACAAAUCAAUUUAUUGGUCAUUUGCCUAAAAACAUUUGCCAUAGUGGAUCGCUUGCGAACUUUUCUGCAAGCAACAACUAUUUGGUUGGUCAAAUCCCCAAAAGCUUCAAAAAUUGCACAAGCUUAGUCAGAGUCCACUUGGAAGGUAACCAAUUUGUUGGAGAUAUAUCUGAUGACUUUGGACUCUAUCCAAACUUGACAUUCAUAGAUCUAAGCCACAAUAGAUUUUAUGGCAAAAUGUCAAGUAAUUGGGGAGAAUGUCAUCAAUUACAGACCCUACUAAUUAGAAGGAACAAUAUUACUGGUAGCAUACCACCCGAGAUUGGAAACUGGACUCAGCUUGGGGAACUUGAUCUCUCUUCUAAUCGUAUAGUUGGGAUGAUUCCAAAAGAGCUCGGAAAGCUAAUUUCUCUAGUGCAAUUGAGGAUGAAUGACAAUCAAAUCUCUGGUGAUAUACCUUUGGAGUUUGGAUUGUUGACUAAUCUCGAAUAUCUUGACCUAUCCACAAACAAGUUGAAUAAGUCAAUUCCAAGUAAUUUUGGGGACUUCAUGAAAUUGAACUACUUGAAUUUAAGCCACAACAAUUUUAGUGAAGGGCUUCCACUUCAUCUGCUGAGCUUAUUUCAUAUCACCAAGCUAGAUAUAAGUUAUAACUCUUUAAAUGGAGAGAUACCAGUAGAGGUUAGCAAAAUGGAGAGCUUAGAGAUCUUGAAUCCCUCCCACAAUAAUCUUUCCGGCUUCAUUCCGAAAGCCUUUGAAGAAAUGCGUGGCUUGUUGUAUAUUGACAUAUCCUACAAUGAGUUGUAG